ACCUUAUCAACAGCAAAACAAGACUAAAUGUCGGCCACCAAGUUUUAAUAUAUGGUUCCAUUUAUCCCUGUGCUAAAUAUCAUAUCUCCCUCCCCCUCCGGCCAAAGAGACAACCAAAGCAAACGCCAUCGUCCGUAUCCUCUCCCUAUCCCAUGUACAUUUUUGUAAUCCCACAGCUCAGAGUCUCGUGGAUUUUUCUAAUCCCUCGCCUCACGCAAGAUUGCUGUCAGUCUCCAUUUCUAUUCGGUUGUCAUCCAUUAAGUCAAUGCACGCGCCACACCCGGCCCCAUGUGGACUCCAAAACUUCCCCUCUUCAUGCACUAUUAGUUGGCCCCUCCCCUUCCCUUCCCUUCCCCAACCUAAAACUCCCUAACUGUAGAUCCCUACUGUGUGUGCAAAGGGAUUGAUAGAUACUCAUUCAAUCUUUUCCUAGCUAGCUAUUUGGAGUUGGCUUUUGUUUGGAGAAAAAAAGGAGAAAGAAAAAAAUGGUGUUCGCCGGAGGAAGUGGCGGCGCCACCAGUGGACUAGCAGCAGAUGUAUUUAGGUUGGCGGUGCAGGUGGUUCGGGGUCGAUGGUUCAUGUUCUUUGCGUCGUUCCUGAUCAUGGCGGCCUCCGGCGCCACCUACAUAUUCAGCAUCUACUCCGGCGACAUCAAGACCUCCCUGGGAUACGACCAAUCGACACUCAACACCCUGUCCUUCUUCAAGGACCUCGGCGCUAACGUCGGCAUCUUGUCCGGCCUCAUCAACGAGGUCACCCCUCCCUGGGUCGUCCUCUCCAUGGGCGCCGGCAUGAACCUCUUCGGCUACCUCAUGAUCUACCUCUCCAUCACCGGCCGAAUCGCGCGCCCCGCCGUCUGGCAGAUGUACCUUUACAUAUGUAUCGGGGCCAAUUCGCAGUCCUUCGCCAACACCGGCUCGCUCGUCACCAGUGUCAAGAACUUCCCGGAGAGCCGCGGGAUCGUGCUCGGCCUCCUCAAGGGCUUCGUCGGCCUCAGCGGCGCCAUCUUCAACCAGCUCUACUUCGCCAUCUACGGCGACGACUCCAAGUCCCUCGUCCUCCUCAUCGCGUGGCUCCCCGCCGCCAUCUCCAUCGUCUUCGUCCACACCAUCCGGAUCAUGGAGGCGGCAAGCGUGCCCUACAAAACCUCCAAGCCCUUCUACUGCUUCCUUUACAUCUCCAUCGCCCUCGCCACCCUCCUCAUGGUCCUCAUCGUUGUCGAACGGCAAGUGGUCACCUUCUCUCGCUCCGAGUACGUCAUCGCCGCUGCCAUCGUCCUCCUCCUCCUCUUCCUCCCUCUCGCAGUUGUCAUCAAAGAAGAGCUCAAGAUCUUCAGGAAAAAGAAGCAAGCCCUCGCAAACCCUCCGCCUCUCUCUGUAACCGUCGAAAGACCGGCGAUUACUGAAGCGCAGCCGCCGGAGCCGAAACAAGUCCCAGCCACCACCCCGACCAUCAUUCCGACGACGACUACCGCCGCCACUACGUCUCCUAAGAAGAAAUCAGCCCUAUCUCGUGUCAUCAACACCCUCAAGUCUCCGGAGCGCGGCGAGGACUACUCCAUCCUCCAAGCGCUCUUCAGCAUCGACAUGGCAGUCCUCUUCUUGGCCACCAUUUGCGGAGUCGGCGGCACCUUGACGGCGAUCGACAACAUGGGCCAGAUUGGGCAGUCGUUGGGCUACCCGAAACGGAGCAUCAGCACCUUCGUAUCUCUCAUAAGCAUAUGGAAUUAUGCCGGCAGGGUCACCGCCGGGUUCGUCUCCGAGAUCGUUCAUGCCAAAUAUAAAUUUCCCCGGCCUCUCGCGCUCACUCUCGUCCUCCUCCUCUCCUGCGUUGGCCACCUCCUCAUCGCCUUCGGCGUGUCACAAUCUCUUUACCUCGCAUCGGUGAUCAUCGGCUUCUGCUUCGGAGCUCAGUGGCCAUUACUCUUCGCUAUCAUCUCUGAGAUCUUCGGUCUCAAGUACUACUCCACUCUGUACAACUUUGGCGGCGUGGCGAGCCCAAUUGGAUCGUAUAUACUGAACGUGAGGAUCACCGGGCAUUUGUACGACAGGGAGACGGACAAGCAGAGCAAUGGACUAGUGAGGACUAAAGGCAAGGACUUGACUUGCAUUGGAGUCGAGUGUUUUAAGCUUUCUUUCAUUAUUAUCACGGCAGCGACCGUGCUUGGAGCUCUUGUUUCACUGAUAUUGGUAUGGAGGACGAGAAAUUUCUACAAGGGCGAUAUAUAUGCGAGGUAUCGGGCGGCGGCAGCCGAGACCGAGAAUGAGGCGGCCAUGGGGACUGCUAUUGUCACAGGGAAAGAGGGGGAGGAGGACAAGCCUAUUUCCUCUGAGGAGGUUGUGGCAAAUAGGGAUGAGAACAAAAGUUAAAACCAAAGAGCGGGGGUUUGUUAUUCGUCCUGCUUUGACUUGUAUUGGUAUUGGGCCACUGAUGUUUAGACAGGCUACCAUAGCUGCUGACUGAAUGGUUUUCUAUACAAGGCAACACUUGAAGCGUUUUCUUUAAGUGAACCAUGCAAAUGAUUUUUACUUGUUUGACUAGCUUUUUGUUUCUGAUUUGAAUGGCUAUACUCAUAUAGAUAUGGCAUUAGAAGCCGGUGUACCAAAAAAAAAUAAAAAUUUAUAUUAGUACUGAGAAAUUUUCUUGUAA